AAACCAUGAGGACGAAUAGUCUUUACAUUUUGUGACAGAGACUAGAAGCUUCCACAGUGCCUUUCCUUCCCAAAUUUAGGUUUCUUCAUAUCAAAUUAGGGUUUUUGGAACCUCGCUUCUUCUCAUGAAUUCUUAGGGCAUUUGAACCUAGAGACGCACUUUCUCUACGUUUACUUUGGGAUUCCACUCAAAUUGUAUUUAAAGAAAGCGUCGAAUUCAAUCGACCAUGGCGGAGCACUUGGCUUCAAUUUUUGGGACAGAGAAAGACCGCGUUAACUGUCCUUUCUAUUUCAAGAUCGGGGCAUGCCGGCACGGAGAUCGCUGCUCUCGUCUUCAUAACCGCCCCACAAUCUCUCCAACACUUCUCUUAUCUAACAUGUACCAGCGUCCUGACAUGAUCACACCUGGCGUGGACGCCCAGGGCCAGCCCAUCGACCCUCGGAAGAUCCAGGAGCAUUUCGAGGACUUCUACGAAGAUAUUUUUGAAGAACUCGGCAAAUUUGGCGAGAUCGAGAGUCUCAACGUCUGCGAUAACCUCGCCGAUCACAUGAUUGGAAACGUCUACGUCCAGUUCAGAGAGGAGGACCAGGCUGCCGCUGCUUUGCAAGCCCUACAAGGCCGAUUCUACUCUGGUCGACCGAUUAUUGCUGAUUUUUCCCCUGUAACAGAUUUUCGGGAAGCAACAUGUAGGCAGUUUGAGGAGAAUAAUUGUAAUCGGGGUGGUUAUUGUAAUUUCAUGCAUGUGAAACUGAUUGGAAGAGAUUUAAGGAGGAAGCUAUUUGGAAGGUACCGUGGAUAUAGAGCGAGUAGAAGCCGGAGCAGGAGCGUGAGUCCAUCAAGGCACAGGAGGGAAAAGAGUAAUGAUAGGCGUGAGAGAGACUACAGAGACCGAGAUUACCGUGGGAAUGGCCGUAGGAGUGGGGACAGACACGAUAGAAGAAGACACGGUAGUCCCAGGCGGAGCAGGAGCCCUGUCAGGGAAGGUAGUGAAGAACGUAGAGCCAGGAUUGAACAGUGGAACAGAGAGAGGGAGGAGAAGCUGUAAGACAGAUCCCAUUUUCGAGUUGUUACUAUUUGGAGACAUGUCUUUAUUGUUGAUCGUUAAGAAGCCACUGAAAUCAAUGCCAAAUUCUUCAAUAAGAUGAGUUGUUAGCAGCCUUUGUAAGAUCAUGUUUUUCCAUAUGUUUCCUUGCGCUUUUCAACUGCUAAGGUUCUAAUGCAUUUGAGAACAAUGCCUUUUUCCUUGUGUUGUUUUUGUAGCUAGGCAAUGUUAGUAUAUGAUGGCUUGAAGAAGUUAGCCUACAUGAUUUUACUGCCAGCGGUUGAGUAUUACUGAUAAAUGGAUUCUGGUUUUGCCAACAACUUCUAUGUAUGGUUUUUUUUCCCUUUGGGUCAUGGUAAGGUUCUGGUUGGACAGGGGGUUUUAGGUAAGCAGACUGUUAUGUCGCAAUAAGCAAAUGCUUCAACCAUUCUGCAUUUGAACAUUGCAUUCAUGAUCAUAGAUGCCCUAUCCUUUGAUAACUCUGUCUGCUCUUUAGCACUCUCAAUAUCAUGAUUGGACCUGCAAGCAACUUCCUUAGCGCAGUGUGUAGGUGAGGUAGUGAAAAAAGAGUUGCAGUGAAAGUACAACCUGGAAUUUGGAAGUUCUACGCUCUUCUUUGAAAGUAUAUUAUUUUAUAUGCUUGCCUUUCCCUUGCACAAGACACAGUAAUAUCAUUGCUUAUUUUUCUAAUGGCUUGUCCAAAUAUGCUUUUAGGGCCAGUUUUGGAUCUCUAAAUUGGACUAGCUGAAAAAAAUGGUGGUAAAAAAAAGGUCAUUGUUGUCCUGUUUGUGUAUGAAUUUGUGCCUUUGUCCUAAUUCUCCCUGAGGGUUAAAGUGUUUUGAUGCUAUUGAAUUUUCUCCCUUUUUCUUUCUUAGUGAGGAACUGAUAUUUCAAAGGAGUCUUUCGAGAUGAUGGAUGAUCCAAUGAUUCAAAACCCAACUGGUAAAAAAGAGACUUCUUUCUUUGAUCUGAUUGAAAAGGACUGGAUUGUGCAAAGAGAGAUCGCCAUUACUUGCUUUGCAAUUUGUAACCAAGAAUUGGGUUCCGCAUGCCGGACAUUUGUUGGAUGAGUCAUUAUGUUGGGGUUUCCAUCCAUAAAUGGAUGAGGACAGCUAGUUGAGAUGGAGUUGGUGCUCUUUGCCAUUGGAUUGUAUGAUAGGCUAAUGCAACUAUGAUGUUCUGAAGUGCAUUCGUGGUUAAUUUUUGUUUCUUAUGAGUUAUUCAAAAAAAUAAUUGAUCGUGUGAUUUUAGCAGGUAACCUUGACAGAUUCUUAGCUACAGACAAGGCGACGAGCUUUUUGUUCUACUUUGUUGUGUAUUAUGCUUUGUUAUGUCAUGAAGUUUUGGAAUGUAGGCAAUUUACUAUAUGAUGAUUAGCUUAAAACAAGUUAUGCACUUGACACCAUUUUAACA